AUGGCUAGAGAGAAAAUGUAUAAACGCAAGAUACGACUGUUGGGACUCGACAAAAGCCAGGAGAAGCACGAGCUAUCAGAGAUUUUGCCCCGAGAAGCCGAAAGAGCUACGGGGGUCAAAAGGUCGACAUUUCUGCUUAGGGGACGCGUCGUCGAUAUCGAUGACAUUCGGCGGUAUGUCAGGCGCAAGAAGAUAUCUUUUCAUGAACCAGACGAGCUGCAGGCUCACGGAACUGCCAUGUGCGCCAAAAUGGACAGCCGGGCAAUUGACUUGAUAUGCCGGACUCCGAAUCCUAGUCCUUUGGCCUCCGAUCCUGGCAGUAUCUCUGACAGGACGGAACGCUCCUAUCUGAUAUUUAACCAGUAUCUGCACGGUUCUGUUGAGGUAGGUGCGCGGACCCCGUCGGAUGACCCGGAGAGUUUGGGCGACAGCUUAUCUACCGGUGAGAUGUGGACGAACAUUCUCGAGACCAUCAACCUUCGAGCAGCCAGGUUUAACGACGGUGACUAUCAGCAAGCAAUAUGGCAGUGGGGUCUAGCAUUCACCCAGCUGGAGGUAGUAGUUUGCUCCCGGAACUACUACCAACUACUCAACCUCAUCAGCAGAAUCGGGCCCCUCACGAAUUGCGACGCGGUCGUUGCAAGGAUGCUACUCCGACACCUAGGUAAACUCGUUUCCGCCCUCUCUAUAACUUGA